AAACCUCGCCUGGCUCCCGCCUGGUCUCCGGAGGGCAGCGCGCACGCCCAUCCUCGCUCUCGUUCUGCUCCGUCCUCCCCGCCAGCCCCGCUCCAGCUCCGUGGCCGCGCUCCCUCCGCCUGGGCAGGUGACAGCAACGAUAUGUCUCGGGAGCUGCAGGACGUGGACCUGGCCGAGGUGAAGCCUCUGGUGGAGAAAGGGGAGACCAUCACCGGCCUCCUGCAGGAGUUUGAUGUUCAGGAGCAGGACGUCGAGACGCUGCAUGGCUCCAUCCACGUCACGCUGUGCGGGACCCCCCGGGGCAGCCGGCCCGUCAUCCUCACCUACCACGACAUCGGCAUGAACCACAAAACCUGCUACAACCCCCUCUUCAACUCCGAGGACAUGCAGGAGAUCACCCAGCACUUCGCUGUCUGCCACGUGGACGCCCCCGGCCAGCAGGACAGCGCCCCAUCCUUCCCCGUGGGGUACAUGUACCCGUCCAUGGACCAGCUGGCCGAGAUGCUGCCGGGAGUCCUGCACCAGUUUGGGGUGAAGAGCGUCAUUGGCAUGGGCACUGGGGCCGGCGCCUACAUUCUCACUCGGUUUGCUCUGAACAACCCCGAGAUGGUGGAGGGCCUGGUGCUCAUCAACGUGAACCCCUGCGCCGAGGGCUGGAUGGACUGGGCGGCCUCCAAGAUCUCCGGAUGGACCCAGGCCCUGCCGGACAUGGUGGUGUCCCACCUCUUCGGGAAGGAGGAGAUGCAGAACAACGUGGAGGUGGUGCACACCUACCGCCAGCACAUCAUCAACGACAUGAACCCCGGCAACCUGCACCUGUUCAUCAACGCCUACAACAGCCGGCGGGACCUGGAGAUUGAGCGGCCGGUGCCGGGCGUGUCCACAGUCACCCUGCAGUGUCCGGUGCUGCUGGUGGUCGGGGACAGCUCGCCCGCCGUGGACGCUGUGGUGGAGUGCAACUCAAAGCUGGACCCAACCAAGACCACCCUCCUCAAGAUGGCGGACUGCGGCGGCCUCCCGCAGAUCUCCCAGCCAGCCAAGCUCGCGGAGGCGUUCAAGUACUUCGUGCAGGGCAUGGGCUACAUGCCCUCCGCCAGCAUGACCCGCCUGAUGCGGUCCCGCACGGCCUCGGGCUCCAGUGUCACGUCGCUGGAGGGGUCCCGCAGCCGCUCGCACACCAGCGAGGGCACCCGCAGCCGCUCCCACACCAGCGAGGGCACCCGCAGCCGCUCCCAUACCAGCGAGGGCGCCCGCCUGGACAUCACCCCCAGCUCCGGGGCCACCGGGAACAGCGCGGGGCCCAAGUCCAUGGAGGUGUCCUGCUAGGCGGCCCGCGCCCGCCGCCCCCCCGGACUGUAGCUGCCCCCUCCUCCGCCCCUCCCCACCCCCCACCUGCCACGCCGCACGCAACUCGACAUUAACCCCCAGCUUGUUCUGUACAAGGGAGCUCCGGCCAGGGCUUCAGAUGGGAUUUGUCCAGGGCGCCCCCUCCAGGCCGGGCGGGGAGGACCAAAGGAAAGUGAGCAUCUCAGAGUCCCCUGUGCAUUGACCAGUGGCCUGGUGGCCACUGGCUUCCCCCCUGCCUCCGAGAUGCCACAUGGCCCCGAGCGAGAAACACAGCAGGAAACAGGUCCUAAUCCAGGCCCAGCCCAGCUGCUCCUGUUUCCUCUCCCGCUAAAGGCAAACCCACCCAGAUUCCGGAAACAAACCCUGCCCUGGUGUGGGGGGAGGGAGCAGCGAGCCCGGGGAGGCUGGUGUAGGCCGAACAGGCAGCUGGAACGGAGGCGGAGCUUACGGGGAGGCUCAGAGAGUUUGGAAAAGCAAAUCUCUGUAGCUCGCUGGAAAUCGAUGUCUGAAGUUCAUGCACGCAUACCCUCUGCCAUGCCAGCGCGCACACACAGGCGUGCUCUCCUGGCUUUCUUUUGUUUUGUUUUUUAUGAACACAAAGUGGGGACAGAUCCUCCUGGCUUUGCUGCAACAACAACAAAAACCCGCCGACAAGUGCUUAGCAUCACGGAUUUAAGGCUUUGGCUCUGCUCCCUCCUCCUCCUCCUCCUCCUUCUCCUUCUCCUCCUCCUCCUCCUCCUCUUCCUCUUCCUCUUCCUCCUCCGCCCCUGCUUCCCACCCCCAAGACGUGAGCGAAUGGUUAUUUCCUUCAUGGGGUAGAGCCUCUUAACUAUGGGGGUGCUUUCCUGGAGAUGGAGGGGACAUUCCCAACAGGUGUUCCUGGCUGCCAGGAGUCUCUUUGCCCCGGGGCAGGGGCAGGGGUGGGGGUGGGGUUUGGGGACCAGCUGUAAAUAACAGACUCCUUGUGGUUAGGGUGGGAUCCAGGGAGCUGGUGAUUUCUGUGGAUCGCGUCCUGGUUUCCAGAGACCUUUCUGGGAUCAAGUUCCAUCCUGGUUGAGUCCGAGUUGACGGCCUAACCGUUCUGACCCGGUUCCAUUCCUGGAUCUUUCCCGGUUCCAUUCCUGUUGGCUUUUGUAUGGGGUGGGGACUCGGGUGGGGGUGGGGGGAGAAGAGGAGCAGGUGUAAGGGUUCUGGAAUGUGUGUCUCCUGAGAUCUCCCUCCCGCUCCUGCCUCCCGCUCCUCCCUGCCCCCCUAACCUCCUCUCCCUGAAUGGGGCGGACCACUGACCUGUCUGGGUCGAGUUCCCGUCCCACUGCCUUUUGAUUCUCAUCCCGGCUAACCCUGCCUCCGCUAGGGAGCGUGAUCAGAGGGAAGGGGACGUGGUGAACCGGCUGCUGGGACCCCGUGGUCUCCGGGCCCCCGGAGUUGGUGGGAGGGAGUCAUCCGGCCUUGCAGGCAGCGUGAGGGGUCACGAACGACUCCAUCCACCUGCCGCCUUCUAUGGGAGGCUCCCCCUGACCUCGAGCAGAGGGUCAGGGGUCAGAGGUCAGGACAGGAGUGGCUGGAUCCAGACGGAAGACUGCUGUGUACACGUCUCUCCAGAGGAGUUUCUUAACGAGAUAUUUGUAUUUAUUUCCAGACCAAUAAAUUUGUAACUUUGCA